AUGUUGAUUGCUUGGUCAUCCGCGCAUCUUUCCUUACUGGACAAAUCUUUCGAGCAUGUAGCCAUGCAGAAUCGAUGUGCGGCUCUCAGCGAUCUGCGGAACGCACUCGAAACCAAUCCAGCCAAUGUGGAGACAAACCUGGCCAUGUCGUUGAUCCUGUGCUCGCUAGAGAGCAUCAUGGCAGACAACGGUGACGCAUGGUAUUUACAUCUCGUGGGCGCAUCGGGGGUCAUCUCAUACAGUAUAGAUAUCAUGUCCAUUGGUGACGAUGAGUACCCAAGCAGGGUUCUACAGUCAUUCGAGGAUGACCAUGCGGCACGGUGGCUUUUGCGCAAUUUUGCAUACCGGGAUGUUGUGAUGGCCGUUGCGAGGGACCAGGCGCCACUUCUGAGCUCGCAUCAUUUCUUAACUCUUGACGACCCUCUCCGACCGGAUGUAUAUUUUGGUCUGGCCUCGGAGAUAUUGGAAAUCGUCUCCCAUACGGCCGUGUUGAAUGAUAAGUUAAAGACUAUGAUCAACAUGAUCCAGCCCGGACUGGAAACUGACUCGAUCAUUGAAAGUAACAACGGCGAUAGCCUACUCUCGCUAUCGGAUAUUGCAGUGAAAUUGGUGGCAUUGGAAAUGCGAUUGAAGCAGUGGACUUGCCCUCCGUCCGAAGACAUGGCGUUGAGGUUGUUAGCGGAAUCAUAUCGCUCUUCUGCUCUGAUAUUUCUAUACCGCGUCAUGCGACGUGGGAAUCUAGGUAACGAAGACGAGUUGUCAUCAAAAGCUGCUGCCCAGGUGGCCUCAACCGUGGACAGUAUCGAGCGGAUGCCCAUUCGGAGCCUUGCAGAGUGUACACUGCUCUUCCCGUUGUUCCUCGCGGGCGGGGAAGCUACAGAAGAAAGUCAUAUCAAGACGAUUCGAACUAGAAUGCUCGAUAUGAUCGAUUCCCGGAGCUUCAGGAACGUUGAGGUGGCGCUAUCAGUGCUAGAGAAGUUAUGGCGGCUCAGGAUGGCGAGGAAAUCAACAACUUCGGUGAGAGUCGAUUGGUUGGACAUCAUUCGGCGGGAGGGGAUUAAUCUUUCGUUAUCGUGA